AUGCGAUUCCAACUGGCUUACUUCCUUGGCUUCCUGGCCCUUGUUGCCACUAUCCUCGCCCAGACCUCCACCCCCCCGGAUCCCACAACCCCACCCGCUUCGCCCACAACACCCACCGAUCCCAGUACUACUCCUCCGGCCAGUCCAACCACGCCCCCCGCCUCGACUACGCCGCCUGCUACACCUCCUGCAUCCACUGAUCCUACCAGCAGCACUCCCGCAUCUUCCACUGCCUCCACUACCGCUGCUCCAUCAAGCGGAGGAGCCAAGAAGAAGAAGCGUACUGUCAAGUCAAAGACCAAGAGGAAGCUGCCCAAAAGGAUAACAAAAAUUAAACAUAAGAGAUCUCGUGGACGCAGGUCCUCCCGGAACUAA